GCGCACUUUACGACACUGCUUUGUGGCAGCUGCGGCGGAGGAAGAUGGCGGCCACCUUAGUAGCUGCUCGAGGAGCGGGGCCGGCACCAGCCUGGGGGCCGGAGGCCCUUUCCCCGGACUGGGAAAACCAGGAAGUCUCCACAGGGACCACUAUAAUGGCCGUGCAAUUUGACGGGGGCGUGGUUCUAGGGGCCGACUCGAGAACUACCACUGGGUCCUACAUUGCCAAUCGAGUGACUGACAAACUGACCCCUAUUCACGACCGUAUUUUCUGCUGCCGCUCGGGCUCAGCAGCUGAUACCCAGGCCGUAGCUGAUGCUGUCACCUAUCAGCUUGGUUUCCACAGCAUUGAGCUGAAUGAACCUCCUCUGGUACACACAGCAGCCAGCCUCUUUAAGGAGAUGUGUUACCGAUACCGGGAAGACCUGAUGGCAGGAAUCAUCAUUGCUGGCUGGGACCCUCAAGAAGGAGGGCAGGUGUACUCAGUACCCAUGGGAGGCAUGAUGGUAAGGCAGUCUUUUGCCAUUGGGGGCUCUGGGAGCUCCUAUAUCUAUGGCUAUGUUGACGCAACUUACCGGGAAGGCAUGACCAAGGAAGAAUGCCUGCAAUUCACUGCCAAUGCUCUUGCUUUGGCCAUGGAGCGGGAUGGCUCUAGUGGAGGUGUGAUCCGCCUAGCAGCCAUUGCAGAAUCAGGGGUAGAGCGACAAGUACUUUUGGGAGACCAGAUCCCCAAAUUCACGAUUGCCACUUUACCACCUCCAUGAAUACUGGAAUUCUAGGAUAUGAUAGAGACACCUCACACUGACACAAAAUUCAAAUAAACAUUUUGUUAAAGAGAAGCUGUGUA